AUGGAAUCGAUUUUGCAAGGUUUCCCGAAUGUUCAAGUGUACCUCGACGACAUCAUUGUGACGGAAAAGGAAAACGACACAUCAGUACUGCGGCAGGUGUUUCAGCGGCUUCGUGAACACAAACUGAAGUUGAACAAAGCCAAGUGCCAGUUUAGGGGAGCACAAGUGUCGUUUCUGGGGCACCGCAUCGAUGCCAAAGGUCUUCAUCCUCUGCAAGAUAACUUCGAGGUGGUACUGGCCGCGCCAAAGCCAACAUCGGUAAACCAGCUGAAAUCUUUCUUGGGCUUGGUCACUUAUUAUGCUAAAUUCUUGCCCAACUUGUCAACGACGCUGGCUCCCUUAUAUCGCUUGCUGGCAAAGGGGGUGUUGUGGCGAUGGGGACCGUCCCAGGACAGCGCAUUCAGAGAAGCAAAGAGUGGCUUAGAGCAGUUGGCAGACAGCACGAGCGAGGACUUGCUCCUCCGACAGGUGAAGACGUGGAUCCUUUGUGGUUGGCCAAACCAGCUGGGACCAGAGCAACAGUGCCUUCAACCGUACUUCACCCGCAGAUACGAACUCACUACGGAAGAAAUGGAGGUUCUCGUGCAAGGGGAGAACAUUUCCCAAGAAGAAUUUGGGGCCGGCACGGGCUGGAGAACCGUCGGCUCGAAAAAGCAAGCCGUUGAGAGAUCCAAUGCGAGCAGUUUCGGCACCCACCUCGGCACCGGCGGAAGGAAGAAGCGCGAGCAGAAACUGAAACAGCAGUUAAUCAAGGCCAGCCGCAUGCCAUAUCUACCGAAGGGUGAUUUCAAGAUUAUCAUCCGCCCAAAGGGAGGCCUCAAUAUUGGCGAAUCAGGAGCGGCCCGAGUAGCUUCGUGCGUCUACCAAGCUGCUGGCAUACCCGGGGAGCACAGGGAAGACGACACCGUGUGCCUCAACGUACAACAGAACAUCAUCGUAGUGAGUACCCCCAGUGAAGCCAACGCAGACAGAUACCAAUGUGUCGAGCGCCUCGUGGUCAACGGCCAGGCCUAUUAG